CCACACCCUAUCGCUCAAAAUCUGAAAUACCUCUAUACAAACUACGAUAUAAAAAAUAAAUUGCAAACUGACUUUUACAGUUGAAGAAUGACUAACAAACCAAUUAUUCCUCAAAAUUCUCAGACACCAGAAGAUUCAACAGAACAAUUUGAUCCACAGUCGAUAAGUUUACGAGCUCAAAAAAAGUUGGUCGGAAGUUUACCAAAAGGAAUUAUUAAAUUAUUUCUUGAUGAUUCAUCGGCUCGCUUAUUUGAAAAUAUAUUUAGGUUAAUAAAACAAUAUACAGGUAAUAAUAAACUAGCUGCUUAUCUGACAAAGCAGGCAAUCAAAUUAAAUGUUAAGGCCUUAAUUUUAAUAUCCAAUGACAUACUAUCAGACGAACAAUUAAACCAUGCCUAUGAAUUUCAUGAGAAAUGUCAUCAAAUAGCUGAAAUCGCACUGCGCUUAGGUCGACCCAAGCGCCGUCUCAUGCCAGGUGUUGAACCGUCAAUUGACAAAUUGAUACAAACAAUGAAGGAAGCUAACCAAACGUUAAUAGAAGCUGUUAAGCACCACAUUAGUCAACAAUCACAAGACAAGUUUAAAGAAUUUUCGGACUUUUUCUGUCGUCGCGAAUUUGUCGUUGAAGUGUUUACUAAUAAAGUAAAAUAUUCAACGCAUAUGGAGAAAAUCUAUGAUGACCUCGAAGAUAUGAUGGACCGUGGCUUAUUUUAAUGAUUUUAUUCUCAAACACAGGCAGGGAAUAUAACAAAUCGCAUAUGUAUAAUCAAACUGUGCUUGGAAUGGUACUGCGCAAAAAAUACUGUGUAAGCUCGUCGGAAAUGAACGAUUUAUGACCAAUGUUAUGAAUUCAUUAUUGAGUAAACAGUCAUUGCAUAUUUAUUUAUAUUUCGUAAAUUCACCUCAUUCUUAACUAGUAAAUUAAUUAUCGCCCUUUAGAAAUUUUGUUCGGCUGAAGACCAUUUUUUCGCAGAUUUAUGAUUGCUAAUGAGAUAGUAAUAUAUCACGAUGAAAUUAUUUGUGUAA